AUGUCAAAGGAAGGCGAAAAAUCAGAUCCACCGCGGAAAGCCAAAAGUUCGAAAUCGAACGGAACAAAUUUCAAUGGUGGAAGUUUGGAGGAUUGUUUCACGAAUGUUUUUGCCUUGACAGAAAUCAAUGGGCUGAAAUGGAAGUGUUAUCGGACGCCACGAAAUGCGGCGCGUGGAGUUCCGCUAACUUCCGAUCCAAUAUUGAUAGCGUAUAGUAAAUGUGUGAGAGAUGGGAUACUUUGCGCGUGGCGGAGGAAACAGUUGAAUAUUUCAUCGACACAUGAAACAUUACCAUUACCACAUUUUUCACACGAUAUGCCGAAGGAAUUGUGGGUUUUCUGGUAUAAUGAGGAAAGUGAAAAAAUGCAACAAUAUUGUAAGGAUCUCGGUGAGCGAUUUUUAUUGGGGAAAAAUAAGUUUAAAAAUUAUUUUUGUUUCUAGAAGAAGACGAGGAAGUCAGUUCAAAUGCGGCAUUUUCGAAUAUUGUUAGCUAUGAAGUUCGAAUAUUAUAUUUCAAAUCGAUUCAUAUAAUUCUAGAAAGAUCUUUGAUGAAAUUAGGAUAUGUCAGAUUCGGAAGAUGGUUCACGAAACCUUUGAAAUCUAUGCCCAAACAAAUGCAAUACAUGUAUCCAACUUAUACAAUUGCGAUUCGAUUUAAUUUUUUUAUUCAUGGCGGGAAUACUGUUUGUUUGGUGAUGAAUUCUCAAAGACAACCAACUUUAAUACAGUUGCAGAAGAGGUAUUUCGAAGAUUUGUUAUCAAUUUUUAAAAAAAUAAAUUAAUUAAUUAAUUUUCAGACAUCUUGAACACAAUUCGAUGAAACGAUUUGCUGUAAUUAUUGGACCUUGGUCAAUGCGUGGUAUGUUAGUACAAAAUCAGUUUGCAAUGCUUUCGGAAGCAAAAAUGCAAGCGAAUAUCGAUAGAGAAUAUAAUAAUUGGAAGUCUUUUGUUGUUUUGGAAGAUGAAGUAGAAAAUGAGGAAGAGGUUAAAAAGGAAGAUGAGGAAGAGAAAGAGAAAGAUAAGGAAAAUGACGAGCAGAAACCGAGUACUUCAACUUCGUCUCAGGAAGAUUCGAGUGAUGAGGAAGGAAUUCAGAAGGAUGAUACUACAAAGAAACCCACCGAAGCUGCUAAAAAUGAAGUUCCAAAAAUGGUUCUUGUUGAUAUUGAUGGAGUUCGAAUGUUAUAUCCCUCGAAAUAUCUUUGUGUAACUCUUGAAGAUGAUCGACAUGUUUGGGAUGCUCUUGGAUAUCGAGUUACUACGGUUCCUGAAGAAUUGUUAGUUCAAGGAAGACGGCCGAGGAAUAAAUUUGUUGUUCAAUCAACCAACUCGCAUAUUCAAUUUCAAGGAGUUAUUCAGCAGGUUUUUGGACCAAGGACUAGAUUCAUCCCGAAACCUCCUCUUACACAUGGCGGGUUUGCUCAACCAUUUCCACCGAUGAAUGAUGAGAAAUGGCUGAAAUGGAAGUUUUCGGAAGUUUAUGAAUCGAGUUGUGAAAAGUGUUAUGGCGCGAAAAUGAGAUGUGAAGCGUGCAGGUUUGCGGAUCGAAGAUUGCGAGCUAAAAGUGAGUGAAAUUUAAACUGAUGAAAUUAUUUUUAAAAAAAAUUAAAAUUUCAGAUACUUUAACACUGUCGAAAAAUGAAUGUAUUCAUGUAAAUGAGGAGAUUUUCGAACACAUGAAACUGAAACCUGAUUCUUCUGCUUAUCAUCGAACUAAAAAUGCAAAAACUGCUCAAAUGAUAAAAUUCAUCGGUAAGUUGUAAUGAAAAAAUUGAUUUCCAAAAAAUUCAAUGUUUUUUCCAGAAAGGCAAAGAACUCUAUCCGAAAGUUCAUCGAUAGCAACUCCAUCGAAAACCAAAAAAGAAAAGGAGAAGCCAAAGAAAAAAGAUAAUGGAGAAAAUGCGGAAGAUGAAGAAGAAGAUGAAUUAGAGGAAGUUGAAGAUGGUACCAUAUUCAGAAAAAGAGAUGAUAAUCCAUGGUUGCUUGAUGAUGAGGAUAUGGCUGAUUGGAUUAAUUUGGAAAAAGAGUCAUUUCCGAUUUUGGAAAAAGCAGAGUUAGUUUUUUUAAACCAGAAACCUGGAAUUUUUUAUUUGAAAAAAAGUCUUGGAACAAAAUUGUGAACAUGAUUUUUGAAAAUUUUCCUUUGAUUUCAUCGCCAAAACCUGGCUUAAAAGUUCUCCCAAAUUUUUAUACUCAAUUUUUAGUGCCAAAAAAUAUAAAUGCUGAAAAAUCAAAGGAUUUUUGAGAAAUGGAUUUUUUUUUUUUGAAUUUUCCUCUGGCCGAAAACGUGACCGUGACGUUUCUCAUUUCCAGGGAAGAUUUCAUCGGCGAGGAUAGUGGUGGAACAUCAGAAGACGACGAUAUUGCGCCCACAUUUUCACCAUUCACGCCAGUAACUUCUGUUUCGCCGUGUGGAGAGGAAUGUAAUUGGCCGGCCAGCACAUUGGAAAAUAUGAGCGAAAAUGUUUUUGAUCAAAUUUUCCGGCAGAACAAUGCACGGCCAGUGAAAGAGAAUGCGACAAGAGAGGAGAAAUAUGCAGAAUUUGAUAGUUUUUAUGAUCCAACAUUGCCGCAAAUUCGGGAAUCUCCACAAUUUCAACCAUAUCAUAAGAAAAGACGAGCAAAAAGACAGCCAGAAAAAGGAAAAUGCCCUCCUGAAACACAAUUUUCAGUUCAUUCAACAAUUUUUAAAGGAGAAAUGUGUGAACAUGGACCAUUUGGAUAUCAGAAAUAUCGGAAAAAGAUGGAUGAAGUUGAAGCGACAAAAGAGGCCGAAGAGCAAGCGAAAAAACCAGUUGUAAUAAGAAAAGAGACAUUAGAAUUAUUUGAGGAUAAUGUUAAAAUGGCUGAAAAAUUGGAAGAGAAAAAAUCGAUAAAAAGAUGUAUUAAUUCACUUGUUCAAAUUGUAAGUUUUAUAUUUAUAUUCAAAAUUUAGUUUUGUUUUUGCAGAAAGAUGAAAUGGCUCAUGAUUGUAAACAAUGGAAAAAGAACAAUUAUCGUAGAUUAAUAAAUACUGAAGAUAAUGAUGAAUUGGAUUUAUUGGAUAUCAAAAAAUUUAAUGAAAAUUUUGACGAAGAAUUUAGAACGAGCAUUGAUAAAAAGGUUGGUUAUAUAUCGCCAUAUUAUCAAUCUUCGCCGUCUUAUUCGAAUUAUGAAGAAUUGUCAGAAUCUGAAGAUUUGGAGACAGGAAAAGAGAAUGAUGUUCAAAUGAAAGAGAUUGAGGAACAAAGUGAGGAAAUGAAAGGAUUAGGAGAAGGAACUUCGACACAACAAUUUAGUCAAAAUGAAAAUGAAAUGAUGGAAUGUGAUAUUCAAGCAACAGAAGGAAUUACACAAACCAAUAAUGGUGUUGAAUAUGGUCCCGAUGGUUUAUUAUCACCGCCAGCGAGUAAUGAAAUGCCGAAAGGAGCUGAUGAUUUAUUCCCAAGAGGAGUUCCAUCAAUUGAGGCGCCUGGAAUGAAUCAAAUAUAUCCGACACCGCCUUCUGUUCAAAUGCUACAUUCUGAUCCACAACAAAUGCAUUCGCCGAUUGCGCAGAAGAUUAUGAAGAAUACGGUAGGCUUUUUUUGGAAAAUAUUUUUGGAUUUUUUAAAUUUUUCUUCGUUAAUAAAAAAAAAUGAAAUCUUCCAUUAUAAUUUAAAAAUUUUGCAGGUUCCUAACAUUGUGGAAGAAGUUGAAAGAGUAAAAGUGGUUGGAGAUCCAGCAAAAAUCGAAGAAUUCUCAUCAGAUGACGAGGAAGAGAAUCUGAAAGAAUGGAAUGAUCAAAUUGAAAGCGAAUCGAUGAAAAAUCUAUUGACUGCUUUCAAAUGUGCACCAUUAUCGAAGUACAAGCGGAAAUCAGCUAUUCCAUUAUCGGAGAAAUUCGCGUUGAAUUCUGAAGUGAGUUGUUCAAAUUUUUAAAAAUGAGUUUUGUGUUUUUUGCAGAAGACCAAAGAGAAAGGGAAGAAAAAUGGAGUUUAUCAAAAAAUGGUUGACAAUGCUUUCGAAAAUCCGCCUUUCGAUUCGUUUGGAAAAUUGUUGACACAAAAUCCCUACCCGCCACAACCACCUCAACCACCGCAACCGAAUCUGGCGAGAGAACAAUUUCAAAUGCAGCAAUAUCAGAUGCAACUUCAGCAGCAACAACAACUUCAGCAGCAGCAAUAUCAGCAACAGCAACAACAGCAGCAGAUGAAUAUGAAUAUGACGUAUAAUCCGAUGCAGCAACAACAUCCACAAAUGAAUCAACAAUUUGGGAAUCCGUAUCAACAGCAACCAAUGUUCAAUCAACAACCUUUUCCUGGCCAAUAUCAAUCACCUAUGCAACAACAAUAUCCGAUGGGUGCUGGUUUUGGUCGAGGCCGAAUGAUUGGACCCCCGCCAAUGAUGGCCGGCCGACCACCACCAGCUUAUGCUGCAUCUGGUCCUGGACCAUACGGUUCUUCUGUACAGCAAUUGAAUAAUUUUGUGAAUCAACCAAGAUUUGGUGGUCCACAACAACAACCAUCGCCGUAUUCGAAUUUUGCGCAGGGUUAUCCUCCGCAAGGGUUUCCGCCUCAACGAUUGCCUCCUCCAAUGUAUUCGCAACCAUCGAUGCCUCCGCCACAAGGAUAUCCAUUUCAAUCGCAACAUUUUCAACAAAAUCAAUUUCUUCAACAACAACAACAGCAUUCACAACUUCAACAACAUUUACAAAAACCAAAAGAUCAUCAACAACAAGUUCCAGAAGGUGAAAGUAUUGUUAUUGCGCUUAUCAUGUCGGAUACAAUUCUUGAUUUGCAUUUUGACACAUCACUUGAUUCGUGUCCGAUUUGUUCGUGCACAUCUUCGAUUCGAGCAAGAGAGUUGGGAUUGUAUAUCACACCUCAUGAUGUACUUCGAUCCACGUCGAAUCCAAUGUUGAAUCAUCAUCAAAUUGGACCGUGGAGUGGAUUUAAUGUGAAUGGAUCAACAACCUGUACUUGUGGUUUUAGGUAAGAUUUUUAUUUUUUUGAAAAAGGGGAAUCUUUUAAUUGUAAGCUAAAAAUCUAUAAUUUCAGUGCGAUUCGUCAUCGAUAUUUAUCAUUUUGUUCUGGUCUAUUUCCCGAAGAUUCAAAUGAAGCAACAGCUUUGGAUAAUUCAGUUGCAAGUGUUGCACCUCCUCUUGAUCUUCAAUUGCCUGGAAUUGAAGUAUCCAAAAAGAUCACAUGGAUUGACUCAAAGCAAGCAGCUGAUCUUGCUGUUAUUGACACGAUUCGAAGUCUUGCACAAUCUCAUAGUUAUGGAAAAGCUGUGUCACAAAUGGCUGCUUUAUCUGAACAUGUUGAUCGAGUGUCCAAAGCGAUGGAAAUUGGAUUGGAUGUUCAAUCGGCUUCGGAAUAUGUGAUUUCACAUGUUGAUUCAAUGGAAUUGUUGAUGCUUGGAAAUUCGGCUAUUGAUAUGUGCAUGAAAUCGAGUGAGUUGAAUAUUAGAAAAAUUACUUACAUUAAAUACGUUUUUCGCGCUAAAAAACAACGUGGAAUAGUAUUAUUUUGGCUAAAAAAAAAUUCACACAGAGUUUAAAAUUUUUUAAAGACCAAUUUUAAAAAUUGAAUUUUUUGCGCUAGAAAUCGAAGUAAUUUCUCAAUUUUUUCAUGUUUUUUGCGAUCAAAUUCAAUAACUAAAUUGAAUUUUAUUGCGCUGAAAAUCCACAUGGCAAUUGAACUGUUUUCAUGUUUUCCCCAAAAUUCAAAAAUUCAUUUUUUACGCCAGAAAUCCACGUGGAAAUUUAAAAUGGUUCAUUUCGCGCCCGAAUCUGAAAAUUUCAAAAUUAUCCACGUGGAAAGGCUAUUUUUCAUGAUUUUUCGGCACCAAAAUUGGAAAAUUUAAUUUUUGUCACCAAAAAUCCACGUGGCAAUUCAAAUUUUGAAAAACCUUUUCGACGCCGGAAUUCUAUCUAAAUGAAGAUGUUCAAACUUCGAUAAAAUUAAGAAUUAAAGAAAAACCAUUUUUUCUACAUUUUCUGAAUCAAAUUUUUCAAUCCAUAUUUUUUGCAGUGUCGGUGAACCGAAAUCAAACAAUAUCUGCUCAAAAGUUUUUGACCUAUUUCCAUCCUUGGGGUCUUCAAACAGCAAAUGAGAUUCGCGAUCCAAAUAUGACAGAAUGGCGAAUGACAUUGAGUACAAUUCUACCAUCUAUUGAAAAUUCAAUCAAAAUUGCUAGAAGUAUGGAUGUUGAGGGAAGUGGAAAUAUUGUUGAAGGACCAUUAACAUGGAGAAAAUUCGUGCAAAAAAGUUCGAAGAAUCGGCAAAAUGAACAACAGGAAAAUGAGAGUUUGAGCGGUGCCGAACCAAUUCCAGCUGUUAUGUUUUCAACGGCAAAUGAAUCAAUAAAAGCAUCGCCAAUGUUGAGAACAAUGUGGAAUCAUGCAAUGUUGGCACCAAUUGAUCAACCAAAAGAUGUUAUGUAUAUGACAAUUAUACCAGAUGAUGAUGUAACUUAUGCGAAAACCGUCAAAUUUAUGGAGAAAUUGUCGAAACAAUAUGAAAAAAUGAAACUUGGUCGACAUAUUCCAUUUCCCGUUUCGUCGGGAGCUGCACAAGCUCGAAAAGACACUCAUUUUUCGAAUAUGCGAAGAUCGGCAAUGGGAACACCGAUGCAAUCGAAUGCAGCUGAACCGAUGGAAGUUGAUUCGGUUGGAGGAACAACUGUUGGAACAUCGACACCAACCAAAACAAAUGAGGGAAAAACGGAGGAAAAUGAAGGAUCGCCGAUGAAUACUUUCGAUGGAAAUAUUAAAUGGAAUGAACAAUUGGAAGCCCCGAAAAAUUGGGAUGAAAUGAAGAAAUUCUCCUCGGAAAAACCCGAUGUUCCAUCAGAUUUUUAUGAUCGAGAAGGAAUUUUGAGAUGUAGAGGAUCGGUUACACUUCCCGUAAAAGUUCGUGCACAUUCUGCAGCAACUUCAGUGGAAUUUGCGAAUAUGGUGAAACACUUUAAUGAUCGAACUGGUUUUAUCGUAAGAUUAAAAAAUUAUCUGGAACAAAUGGAAGAUCUUGUGUUCAAUGCGUUGAAUGAUAAUCCGGUAGCAUUUGAUCGAUAUGGAUUUAAAUAUCAAAAUGCGGUUGAAGUUCGAUUGAAAAGAGAUAAAGAAGCUGGAUUAUAUGCGUCAACGAAGGAGAGGAUGAAUGCGACUGAAGAUGAGUCGAAUGAAACAACAACGACACCAACACAAGAAACAUCGGCUACACCAACAACUACAAAUGAAACAAAUUCACAAGCGAAUCCAGUUGCCAAUUCAACUGCUCUGACAAAUCAAAUACCAUCACCGAUUCCUGCUGGAAUGGUUCAUAUUCCGGAAACAUUACCCGAAAAUGAGCGAAAUCAACAACCAACGUUGACUGAAUUAUUGUCGGAGCCAUCGUCUUUGUUGCCGAUUGGAGCGGCGACAAUGCAAUGGGUUCAAAGGGAUACAACACUGCCGAAUCCGUUUAUAACAUCGAAUCAGCCGCCAGUUGAAUAUGAAGAAGUUGGAGCGAAAGAUAGAGAUGAUCCGGCUGUUCUUCCACAUGUUAUUGUUAUUUAUAUUGUGGGUUUUUUAUUGAAGUUUUGGCAGGAUUUUGGACCUUAUUUUGAGAAAUCUGGGGCCGAAUUCAUAAAAAUGGUAUACAGAAUAUGAGCAAUACCCUGGGCUCAUUUUGAGUCCAAAUUAAACUAAGGAAAAUUUUCUAACAUGAGAAAUGCUCUAGAGCUCGAAAAUCUGAUUUUUAGAGUCCAAAUUUGUUAUGGGAGAAUUUUCUAAUAUUAGAAAUGCUCUAGAGCUUAAACAUCUGGUUUUUAGAGUCCAAAUUUGUUAUGGGAGAAUUUUCUAUUACAUAGUGCCAAAAAUUAAAGAAGAAAAAUUUUGUUCAGCAAUUUUUGGUGUACUGUUUUUAUGAAUUCGGCUUCGGAUGUUUCGAUGCAAAUCCUGAAUCGCCUGAUUUUCGAAAUCUAAUUUCAUUUUUUUUUCAGGUGAAUCCAUUUACAUGGGGAACCAAUCAACAUACCGCGUUGCACAUGCGUGUUUCUAUUUUGGGAUUCAUCCGAGCUUUCAACUCGAUUGUCCUGAAACUCGCAACAAAACGACGGCCCCAACUUCAAAUGGAAAUCAUCAAUUUGGAUCAAUUGGAAGAUCAAGGACAAGCGUUCCCUGAUUAUUUGAAUGAUCCAAAGAUUCCGAUGGAUUUGUUUGCCAAAACUGGAAAUAAGAGUUGUAAGUUAAAAGUGCAAAAAUUUUUGAAAUUCUUAAAAACAUGAUUUUUUUAGAUUCGAAAACUGAUGACAGAGAACCACCUGAAAGUACUCUUCUUGUCGAAACUGCGAAAUCUUUGGCUGUUGCCGUCUAUCAACAUCCACGUGUAUUUUUCCCUGAUGUUUAUAAAAUCACUCAACCAAGAUGUAUGACUGCGUAAGUUGAAUUUUUUCAUAAGUGUUCAAAAACAAGGGGGUUUUGAGAUUUUUUUUUUAUGAGAAAAAUGGAUUUUCGGCGAUUUUUUUGAUAAAAAAUUUUGAAACCAUAAAUUUUUCAAUCAAAAAUCCACAAUUUACAAAAUUAUUGGAAGCUCAAAAAUUUUAUUUGGAAAAAAGUUUACUGUUUCAAAAAUUCAUUUGAAAAGUUCCGAAAACACGGGUUUUGAGAUAUUUUUCAUGAGAAAAAUGGUAUUUCAAUGGAUUUCCGGCAAUUAAAAAAAAAAUUCUGAAAACAUAAAAUUUCACAUCGCGUAAAUUUUCCAAUCAAAAAUUACACAAUUUACAAAAUUAUUGAAUUUUUGGCAUUUUUUGAAUUGGAAAAAAACAACUGUUUCAAAAAUUAAUUUUAAAAAUUUUUCUAACAUCGAAAACUAAUAAUUUAAUUGUUUCAGAUUUGGCCCCGCAAGUCAAUUAUUGCGAACUGUCAAUGAAAUGGAAAGAAUGAAUUAUGAGUAUUUCAAAGAGAUUCGAUGUCGAGGACAAGCCACAAUCAAUGGAAUGAUUCCACAACCACCUCGCAAAAACCAUGCCUCCUACAAAAUUUCAUCGAAUUUGAUGUGUCUGGCACCGGCUCCAUCUCUACAACAACCUGAUCCAGAAGUGAAUGCAGUUUUGACGCCCACUGAAGAACAAGUGCUAUUUGUGACGUAUUGUUUGGUUGGAUCGGAUUAUUUGGUUGCUGCUGUCACUGAUCAACAAGGAAAAUUGAUUGAUAAUUGUGUUAUUAAUAUGAAGCCAAGAAAUGAACCGCAUCAGUGAGUUUUUCUAGAUGUUUUUGGCAGAUUUCCGAAAAAUGCUGGUUUUUUAGACUUUAUCGAUACAAAUUACGAACACAAAUACUUGAUGCGAUGGGUCGACUCUGGACAUUUAUUCUCGGAGUUAUGGCAAGUGAUAUUAAAAAUUGGAGAUUAGUUGUUGGAAGAUUGGGAAGAAUUGGACAUGGAGAAUUUCGAGCAUGGACACAUUUGCUCAAUAAAACAUCGCUGUUAAAAUAUUCAUCACGUCUCAAAGAUAUUUGUAAUGCAUGCAGUCAAAUGCCGGGAGUUGUUGGAACACCAUCAAUAUUAUCAGCUUGUUUGGUUACAAUUGAACCGGAAGCGAAUUUGCGAGUGAUUCCGGAUUAUAUCGAUCCUGAAGCAAAUGUGAAGAAAAAUUCGAAACAAUUGCAUACACCGGAGGAUUUGUCGACAACUCAUAUUAUAACAUUUCCUGUUGGAGCUGAAAUUAAUUAUGAAACACAGGAUCCGUCAAAUGAUACAAAAGCUGAAGAAAAUUGGGAAUUUGGAGAUUUGGAUAUGAUGGCUGGAUUAGAUGAUGGAGAUACGGAAUUGUUGAAAGAUGUUGGUUUGACUGAAACACCGAUGAGUGCUGCGAUUCGAGUUGGAGGAAUUCAAUCAUUUUUCUCGGAUGAAGCAUCGAUUGAGAUACAAAAUCAACCAUUAGCUGCUGGCUUUUAUAUAUCAACUGCUCCGGCGCCCGAAUUACCUGAUUGGUUUUGGGCGGCUUGUCCUUCGGCAAAACGAAGUGUUCCAGUUCAUUUGAAAUCUUCACUUCAUAUUAAUAUUACUGAGGUUAAGGUGAGUUGUUUUGGGGGAUUUUUUUGAAAAAUUGAUCCGAAAAACUCAAAAUUUUAAAAUUUUCCACUUUUUGUGCCAAAAAUCCACUUUUUUAUGCCAAAUUGGCAAAAUUUUUGAAUUUUCGCUUCAGGAAAUCCACAUUUUUAAAAUUUCACAUUCUCAAAAAUCACAUGAUUCGAAUUGUUUGCCACGUGGCAUUUUUAGCGCCAAAAAUCCAGGUUUUUCGACAUCAAAAGUGCUUGAGCUAAAUUACUGUAGAUUUUGCCGCAAAAAUUUGAAAAAUCAAAAAUUUCCAAUUUUUCUAGUCAAAAAUUUUCGAAUUUUCGCACCGGGAAAUCCACGUGCCAAAAAAACCGUAGAAAAUUUCAAAAAUCAAUUUUUUCAGAAUGAUGAUUUAUUGGAAGCACCUUCAAAAGAAAAAGAGAAGGACAAAGAAGAAGAAAAAGGUUUCAGUCAUCCACUAGAAUCUCAUCAAACUGAAGAAGUUCUUCGACAUGUUCUCGAAUCGUAUAAUGCUCUCUCAUGGCUCAAUGUUCAUCCGGUGACUGGUGAAAGAUAUAGUUGUAUGCCGAUUCAUAUUCAACAUUUGUUACGUUUAUAUCAUAGUAUUGUCAGGCUGAUUAUGUAA